GAGAGCAGAGAGGUGGACAGAUUGAGACCUCUACGAUCAUCCAGCUCAUGGAGAGAAUCAAUAACCGACACAGAAGAGACUCUCACUGGACUCGAGGAAAUGAGAGGGUGCAUUUGACCUGAACAGGAUCAUAAACUUAUGAUUCCUCCUCAAUUUAAACAUCAUCUGACAAAUAAGGGAACUCUCCUCCUCUCUUUUUAAACUUCUGAGUCUGCUGUGUGUGUGUGGCUAAGGAUGCUUCAACCUCAGGUUCAUUUAAUCUGAUGUGUUUUUAUUAGAUCUAGUUUGGAUUAUUCAUCAUUCAGAGCAGAAUCUGCCUUUUUUUUUUUGGAUUAACCGCCUUUGGAGGAACUUUUACGCACAGCCUUUGCUCAUUUGGAUGACUCCACAAAUCCUGUCCGCACUGUUGCAGGCGAUAUUCCAGGUUGCACACUAUAAAUCCAGCUCGUCUGAUUUCUCAAGCGAAUCAUCGGUAUCAGAUCUCACUUCUUGGCUGUGCCCCGUAAUAGCAACACGGAUAUCGCUUAACACUUUUUCGCAGACUGACACUGGUGCGCUCACAAACGGGGGUUCGGUGUCGCGAAUAUUAUCUUCUCCAUUUGUUUUAAGGAGUUUCUCAACUCUGGACGACGAUAUAUUGUGAGAAAUCAUCUGAAAUGCUGCCUCUGUCGCCUCUGCUGCUCCUCGUCUUCCCCGCUGCGAUCUUUGUGGCCGCGCAAGGCGCCGGGGACCUGCAGGGUGUCAGCCUCCCCGAUGGGAGCGCAGGGUUCGACCCUACAGACCCCUGCACGGUGGUGACCCCACCAUGUUUGAGCGAGGCCGAUCGCUACAGCCUGGAGGCCCUGCAGAUCAUACACCACAUAAUGGAUGAUGACCAGGACGGAGGAAUCGAGGUGGAGGAGAGUGUGGAGUUUAUCAUCGAAGACAUGAAGCAGCAGCACACCAACAAACACAGCAACCUGCACAGAGAAGACCAACACAUCACGGUUGAGGAGCUCUGGAGGGGCUGGAAGUCAUCUGAAGUACACAACUGGACUCAAGAUGAGGUGCUUCGCUGGCUGAAGGACUUUGUUGAGUUGCCGCAGUAUGAGAGAAACUUCAAAGACUUCAAGGUCAACGGAAACACACUCCCCAGGAUCGCUGCUAAUGAGCCUUCAUUCCUGAGCGUCCAGCUGAGAGUUCAGGACCAGAGAGACAAACAGAAGCUCAACAUCAAAGCUCUGGACGUGGUGCUGUUCGGACCGCCUGCACGUCCUCAUAAUUACAUGAAGGACCUGGUGCUCAUUGUGUCAGUGGUGAUGGGAGUUGGAGGCUGCUGGUUUGCUCAGGCCCAGAACAAAGCCAGUAAAGUCCACAUAACCAAGAUGAUGAAAGAUUUGGAAAGUCUUCAGAGGGCUGAGCAGAGCCUCAUAGAUUUACAGGAACAGCUGGAGAGAGCCCAGGAAGAGAAGCGUAAUGUUGCGGAGGAGAAACAGAACCUGGAGGAGAAGAUGAGGGACGAGAUCAUGGGAGCACAGGAGGAGGCUUAUCGUCUGCAUGAGCUGAGGCAGGGUGCUGUCACUGAGCUCAGCCGCCUGCGGUAUGCAGAGGAAGAGCUGGAACAGGUCCGCGGGGCACUGAAGCAGGCGGAGAAGGACAUGCAGGCAAGCUGGACUGUCUCAGAGGUUCUGCAGCAGUGGCUCCAGCUGACGCAUGAAGUAGAGGUCCAGUACUACAACGUCAAGAAGCAGAGUGCAGAACUGCAACUCUCCAUCGCCAAGGAAGAGGCAGAGAAGAUUAAGAAGAAGAGGAGUUCACUGCUGGGGACUCUCCAUGUUGCCCACAGCUCCUCUUUAGAUCAGGUCGACCACAAGAUCCUGCAAGCAAAGAAUGCCUUGUCUGAAGUAACAGCCUGCCUGCGGGAGCGACUCCAUCGCUGGCAGCAUGUUGAGCGCCUCUGCGGCUUUCCCAUAAUUAGGAAUUCCGGUCUUGCAAACCUCACUGCUCAGCUCUACUCAGACUCAAUUGCCCUGGGGUUGCCCCGAGUGCCCCAGCCACCUUGUUCAUGCCAUAGCUCUGUACAUGGAUCUAUAGAGGAUCUUUUAGAAGAAUCUCCAAUCUUACCACAGAUGACAGUUGCACCACUGAAGCGUUCUCCUCGAAGACAGGGAUCUACCGUGUGUCGGCCACGUCGUCCUGGUGUCAUUACUCAGCCACUGACUACCAUGAUCUCCCAAGACCCUGACCUUCUCAUCCCCAUCCGAGGUCCUUACCCUUGCUUUGAUGAGGAAGAAAGCUUCUUCCGUAAAACACUAAAGAAACAAGACUCCCAAGAGAAGUACUCAGACACAGAGUACAUGACUUCUCCUCCUCUCAGCAAAAUGUACCGUAAUCCCACUGUCGAUGCUUCCUCUCAAAAACUUUAUCAUGAUGAAACUGAGCUACUUUCAGAUCCCUCGGUUUCAAAGCCUUUGAGCAAAGAAGUAGAGGUUGGUGUUCCAGUUCGUAAAGUUUCAACAGAAGAGCUUGAAGUAGAUGUUGUCUGUAGGAAGAUGGGAAAAGACAAAUUGCUGGAUUCGUCUUUAGAAUCUUUGAAGAUGUCUAAAGAAGAGUCUUUGAUAGAUAUUUCAUCCUGGAAAGCAGAGACAGAUACAGAUACAAUAGGGGAUUUAAGUGACACUUCUUCAAGGAGUAUAUACAGAGAAAUAAGUGAUUUACCAAUGGACGUUAAACAGAUUAUUUGGAAUGAAUUAGAAGCAUCAGCAGAUAAACAGGCACCAAGGAAGAUAUCCAGAGAUAUGAUGGGGACUUCAUUUGACAGCAGCUUAAGAAAAAUAACACAAGAUGAUGCUGAGCAUCCGUUUGACUUAGUACCCAGAAAAAUAACAAGAAAUUCUAUAGGUAUUUCUGUAGACACAGGUUCUAGAAAGCUUUCGUGGAAUAAAGGGGAAUGUCAGCUUGAUUCCCCUGUGAGGGCAUUAACAGUGGACAAAAUGGUUGAGACAACUAGAACACCAAGAAGGAUCUCACGGGAUGAGUUGGAGUAUUGUACAGAUCCUGCUUCCCAAAAGAUGCUAUCCAGAGAGAAACUUGAUGCCCUUAUGGAUACCUCGUCCUCUGCAGAGUUUAGUUUAGAACCAGCAAACCGGAAGAUUCUGAGAAAUGAACAUGAGUUGUCUGCUGGUUCUCUCAGACGGAGAAUUCCAAGAAUGGCAAGAGAUGACACAGACAGUGCAGUUGACAAUCCCGCAGGAAAAAUCAGGGAUAGAGUUGAUGGUCCGGUAGACAUACCUAAACAUCCAACACAGAAGGAGGAGUUUGGAGCAUCUGAAUCAAGUUCAUCUUUAGGUCGGUUUGGACAGCCAGACCUUAUGGUAACCUCCCAGGGGCCGUGGACAUCAUCAGAUCUGUUCAACGCUGGUCCAUUGAGCCAGCUCGUGUAUGAUGGAAUCCUUGAAAAAUCCUGCAACCCUCCAACACCUCCUCAGGCCAGACUGCCAGCAGACGCAGAGCCUCCUCUGCCUCCACCAAGGGUUGCCAUUCCAUCUCUGACAUCCCCUUCUGAGACUGGAGAAGAGAGGAGCAAGGAUAAAGAAAAGAGCAAGAAAUCCCUGAAGCUCAAAAGUCUUUUUAAAAAGAAAAAUGAUUCAACAACAGAGAAGCCUCAAAGUGGUCUUCAGAAACUCUGACAAUCAGUUGAAAGUAUUUUCUUUUCAUUUUCUUAGCAUUUUAUUGAAUCAUAAAAUAGCAUUUUAGAAUCGAAUUGAAGAUAUCAGGUAGCACUUCUAGAAAGCACAAUCUUACCUGAAGAAGUCAGUGUCUGGAACAUUAAAUAAUAUAUUGAUGUUUUCAAUCCCUGAGUUUGGUGGCACUGAGAGAAUCAUGGUAUAUGUAUGAUGCUUAAUGUUGCAUGUGAAAUUUUUUUUAAGACAGUACAGUACAUUUGGUGACAUGACAGUUGCAUAUGUUAUCAGUAUGACACUGCAAAAACCUUUCACGUGACUUACUUUAUAUUUAAAGAUGAUGUUUGAUUAAGUCUUAUUUACACUUAUGGUUGAUGCCAUAUAUUAUUGAAUUGAAUGUAGAUUUGUUUUGAUGCUUUGCCUAUGGCUGAAGGAUUAAAUAAUGUUUAAAUACAUGCUGCUCUUCUGUAUAACAGAGACAAUGCUUGAAUUCAGUUUGAACGUCCACUGAAGACACUUCUUGCAGUAGAAAAUGAAAGCAUUUUGUUUCGAGAAAACUGUGGUUAAAUUCAGUGAGGUCUCAAUAAGUUUCCCCCUUUGGAACUCGAUUUGUAUUCUAUGACAUAACAAAUGAAAGAGAGUCUGGUCUGACAUUUUUCUUCAUUUUCCAUACUACAGUUUUUAAUACAAUGAGUAUAAGUUGUUAAUCAACAUAUAUUGGAGUUUGACACUCAACAUACCAGUAAAAUGUACAAUGUACAAUGUUUUGGUUUCCUGGUAACCACAGCUCUUGGUUUCUGGUAACAGCCACCACCAGAUCAUCCUCCAUGAGGCCUGUGUCUGUAUUUCUAACUAAAGGCAUUUUGCACUCCUCAUUAUUUGUGGGAGCCUUGUGCAGAAGCUAUAUUGACUUCACCACAGUUACCAUGAUCUGAUCAGGCCUGAAGGCAAAUUAAAGCAGGACUUGGGGUUAUUAAGCUGUUUUCCUUAACGUAGACUGUAAAUUUGUGGCAUGUAGGUCAUGGUUUGUGUUCAGCUUUAUCUCACUGUCACCGUCAACCUCUAUCUUUACAAUCUGCAAUAUAUAUUUGACAACAUGGCGGCUUUUGACAGCAGAUUGUCAAUCACGCACCCAUCAGGUUUAGGAACAUUUUAAAAAUCAGAUUUAUUGUAGGGCUGUUUGACGACACCCACACAGUUCUGCUGAGACAAGUAGUUGUUUGCUUUAAACUUUUAGUCUUGUUUUUUUUCCUCUUUCAUUUGAUUGUUGUUUGCUAUUGUCCAGUGCGUCAGAGGGACAGACAUUUGUGUUUGGGGCUGUAGGGCAGGCCCUGCUGUUGUGGUCCAGCUAAAAACAAAAGAGAAGGAUGAAUUGGAUCUAAGAGCAGAGCCAUAACUUCAGGCUCCCUGCAAAAGGCCAUGACUCGGAUCACCAGCUGAAAUAGACAUAAAAUAACAUUUAUUACCUUGUUACCUGGAGCAGAUGCUUUCAGAACUGAAACUGCUGGUUGCUGUGUAUUUCUUUAUUUUGUGCACUCUACUACUCAGCUGCAGCUACCUCAGUCACAGCGUUCUGGAAGCGUUUUCAUGAAGUGCAAUGGGGCAUUUUUGACAGCUGGUGUAUCACUAACAAUCUAAAAGCCUACAAGGUUGCAAAUUGAUCAGGGUUAAGGAAUCACUCAAGUUCUGUUAAAAAUGUGCAUAAUUCCCAAGAGCAGUUUAUUACGAAAACAGUAAAGCAGUUUUUUUCUUUUUUAAAUUAGUGCAUUUAGAUGCAUAUUUGACUGCUUGAAUUGUUUGUUUAUGGAUUAUUUAUGUUUCUUUUAUUGUUUACAGACAUAACAAGUCAGUAGCCUAAUAUGACUUUUUAAAUCAAAUAACUGAGAAAUUGCUUUUGAUUGAAUUAAUAAUUGAUUAUUUGAAUAUGAUCUCUGUCUUGUCUUACUUUGAAUGAGUGCCAAGUAUUAGGGAUAUAUGAAUACAACAUUUCCUCUUGUCUUAGGUGAGGAUAACUGCUGUACGCUGCUGUGUAUUAGUAUGAAAAUAUGAUUUAUUGGACUGUUGUUAUAUACUGAUUUAAUAGCAACUGAUGAUUGAGAAAACAAAUAAGGUGAAAUAAGGAUAUAUUGUGCACUCAUGUACAAUUAAAAACAACCUAAACAUCACCAGUGUAUAAAUUAUUUCAAUCCUUUGUGAAAGAGAUGUGAAAUAUUGAAUUGCAGCUUGAAUUAAUACAGCCCUGAUAGAACCUUCAUGCUCAGUGAGGACACUUUUUCAUUAGACCCCUUGAAAAGAACAGCAGUGCUACUAUUGUUAAAGAUAGAACAUCAUGUUUAUUCCAGCAGCCACAGUGACUGAGCAUUAAAAAACACCAUUUAAUUCAGUUUGGACACUUUAACUGUGAGGCCCCUCCUUUUUAUUGGACUAUACGGUGCAUUGCAUCAACUUUCCACUAGAGGUCAGAUCAAGAUCAUCUUUACUAAUCAUUUAUUACACAGUACACCUCCCUUCAAACAGAAUUUUACACCAGAUGACCACGAGAAAAAUGAAAUGCAUAUGUAAAAAAAUGUUUUUAUCAUUAAUGAACUGUCCACAGUGUUGCAGGAUUUACACAAAUAAAAAGUACCUUGGAGAAACAUAAGGAAAGUAUUCUUUCAAAAACCCAAAACAGGUUGAACUCUUAAACUGUACAGUACAUUUGAUUUUCAUUACUUACAUGAAAACAGCAUGAAAUUCAGAAGAGGACACUCUGAGAAGCAGAAGAUUCAUAUGAAAUAUUCAGCUUUACCUCAUGAGAAGUAAUAGAGAGCAUUUACUGUCUGCAGGGGCUUUAUGACCACAGAUGCUCUGUUGUUUUAAGAAACACGUUGCUCACUUCGUACACACUGUUUCGUGUGAAAACCAGGUUGAGAACAU